AUGGUAUCAGUCCAUCCCGACCGGCUCGCCCGCGCCGAAAACGGCCAUAAAAGAAGGCAAAGAAAGGGUCUCAUCCCGCAAAGAAGCUCGCAACGAGUAGCAGAGUCACGUUCCGUGAGCGCCUCAUUACCUGCUGCGCUACUCAGCAGCGGCAGCAGCAGCACCGAGAGUGACGACACAGCUGAAAACGACGAAGCUACCGAUGACGACAAUAGUUCGACCAUUAAAGAUGACACCGAUGACACCGAUGACGACGAUAAUGAUGAUGAUCAUAAUGGGCUAGAAGACGAAGAAUUAAGAAUUAAUGCUUUAUCGCGUAUGUCCAAGGGAUUUGGUAGGGGUAAAGGGAAGGGCCUAGGGAAAGGCCCGGGUAUCCGUGCUACAACUCUGGCAGGGUCAUCGGUUGAUUCAGAAUUGUCGAGUCCCUUAAAAAGAAAGCGUAGGGAAAGCAACGUUAGCAUCAGCUCUGUAUUAGAGGAUGGUAGUGAGCCAUCUGAAUACCCAAGGAGAAAGAUCAUGAAAAAACUGAAUCACACUCACGAAGGCCUCCUCGCAUAUCAAGAGACAGACACCAUAAUGGAUGAUUCCGACGAUGCGGCGAAUCUUUCUGAUGACGACUACAAUGGUGUCGACGACAUCAGCGAUAGUGACGAAAACGACAAAGAAAUCGAGCUGGCCGAAGAAGAAGCAAUGAUGGACACAAAUCUGUUUCAUCGUUCUAGUAUUGACAGUGCCAACGACGACGUCUUCAAUACUGCUUUCAACCAGAGCUUGAUGCAGGAAUUCAUCGAGCGAGGAAAUAUGUCCUUCGCUGACGCUGCCAUUUCUGCUGCUGCAGAUCGCAGGAAGUAUUCUGACAGCUCCGCCAAACGUGUUCGAUUCCUGGAUGAGGUAAAAGUAGAAGACUUCGAUGAUUCCUCCUCGUCCUCAUCUGCUACAGACGAUUUCGAUAGCGUCUUCCCCGAUCUUUUUGUCGAUCAAUCAGCUAUUCCAGAAAAGUAUCUGGAUGAUCCAGCUAGUGAUAGUGACAAUUCUUAUUGGGACUUUAACGAAGAUGACCGAUCUUUGAGCCAUCUUCAGUAUAGUCCAGCAGAUGAGGAAGAUUCUGAAGCUGGGUCCAGUGGAUACGAAACUGAUGGAGAUACAACCGAUGAGGAAGAACCGAUCAUGCCACCUCCAAGCAUGACUCUAUCUCAAAAUCCAAUACUCUCGCGACCAACUUCGGCUGCCGGUAGCCAGGUGGCGAGUCCAUCUCCAUUCCGUCGCACGCCUUCUCAUUCUGCAAGGAAAGGUCCCAGAGUUGGAAAGUUUGAAGUGGAUCCUUGUAAAGUAGCCGCAUACGCCGAUGCCACGGGACAACGUCUCGCGUUCGAGGCACCGCAAUUGCCAAACAAAGCUAGCUUUCUUAUGCUGGCGGGAAGUAGCUCAAGCAGCAUGGUAAACAGCAGUCCUCGAACCUCCAUGCUGCCACCACCAUUAGACGAGAGUGACUUCAGCGAGUCUCAAAUAGGCGCUGAUAUAUUUAUCCCGAAUCCGCUACAGGACGUCCCCAACCUCAACAACGGUGCUUUUGGUCCGCUUGGUGCUUUCAUGCCUGGACCCAAUGGCGAGUUCUCCGACGAGCAGACAGACAUGCUCAUACAAGCUGGAUUGAACCAUGAGGACGACGAUGAGGGGACCAUGAAUAAGUUCUUCAAUCUUGGAGGGGACUCAGAUGACGAAUCUGACAUUCCCCACUUCAGCUCUACUCCAGCACCUCUGGGCCGCAAUGAGUCGUCCUUGGACACACCUGUCGCUGAAAAAGGGCAAGAGGAAAAGAUUUGGGAUCACCUUGGUAAUCUCGGCGGAUCCAUUGGCGCAUUUCGCAACAACCAGCACAGAUCCCGCGACCUUGCUCAGCUUCCCGCUGACCCUGACCUUCGAGCCUCGACUGCUAAGCCGAUCAGGUCUGGCAAAUCGGCGGAAACUCCGAUUACACCGGCUCGCAGAAGAAGAAGCUCUAUGAAUCCACGGGCGCGACCAACACUGGAUAGUAGUCCUCUUCUUGAUCGCCCAGGUGCUGCCAUUUCCAAGCGUGCACCGCUACGCGGUUCACGAAUGGGCGCGUUCGCACAGAUGCGAUAG